GGGGAAUGCAAUAUAUACCAUCUUAUAAUUCCAUCUGCUGCUGCAGCCACUAGCCAGUCUCACCCAUAGCCAGUCUCACCCACUAGCCAGUCUCUGCCUAAAUCUGUCGCUCUCCUCUUCCUACUCAGCUCUUAGGUGAGAACUGCUCUUCUUUCAGCCUGCUCUACUGGUGAAUUGCUUGGAUUUAUUCAUUCCGUCGUUUUUUGUUUCCUAGUUUUCAAAUCCGUUUGUGCUGGUUUAUGUUAGGAUUAUAUUUGGGGUUUUGGACUUAAUGCAGCUUUGUUUGGACCUGGAGGUUUUUGUGGUGUUGCUUUCUAGAAUUUUGUCGGAGUGGUUGUUUCAAGCAGAUGUAUUGCCCAAAUGUUGAUGAUUACAGUAUGUUUUUAUGGAAGUACCAUGCAAACAUUUGUGAAGGAGAUAUCCAGCACUUUCUACAUUAUAGUAUGUUGUGUCUCAGUUGUUCUAGACCUAGAUAUUGUUUAUGGGGGCCGUUUGACAUUGCUGAUAUCAACACCAUGUCGAUUUCUGAGGUAAAGAGGUAAACAGGACACCUUUAACUGAUGGAUUGCAGUGUGAUACCCCCAGUGUUUAUCUUGGUGUCAACACAAACUAUUUUGAUGUAACUAAUACUUUAAAGAUGAUGGCUCGGCUGGAGUAUCUCAAACUUGAGGAUGGUUAUGGUGGUGGUGAUGGGAAGGCAUGUACCGUGGUAAAGCAGCUACCACAGGUUGAUGAAUUGGGUUUGCAUAAUAAAGGAGAUCAUAGAGAAUUAUACCACGUUAUCACAGAGGUGACAUCAGUUAUCACUUUUGUCCUGCCAUUGUAAUGUGAUACAAUGAUUGUCAGGGUUUCUAAACAUGUCUUUGUGUGCUGAAAGUAGUCAGUGUAUUUUUAUAUCAAUGUUUAAUCAAGUGUGAAGUUAACUUCAAGCAUUCAAGGCUGCAUGUUGAUAGUCCAAGGUUUUAUGUAUCUGUAAUGAUACAAACACUUGUCACAGAAAUAUUUUUUAUCAUAUCUGUUGAUACUUUUUAAUAUGCAAUACCCUCAUGUAAUGUCUUUCAAAAGAUUUGUACAUAUCGAAAGUACAACAAGAAGUGUUCCCUUUUGGUCAGGAGACCGCAGAUCUCCAUUUUAUGUCUAUUGUUGAGGAAUUAGAUAUGUUUUUCACUGAUAAUAAUGUCACUGAAGAUGACCAUGUUUGAAAGCUGUUUCCUUUUCAAAUUUCCCCAGCUGAUAAGCCUCUUUGAUUUUUACUGAGGAUAGUCAAUGUCCAGGGCACCAUCUGCCAAAGAAGAAGAGUCAAAGCCUCAUCUAAUCCUUUACGAAAGCACUGGGAUUAACAAAUUCACAAUACAUGUUUAUAGGAGAUUUAGGUUUAGCAGAUUUAUCCAGGGUCUUUUGUUGAGGUAUUUGACAUCAGUUCUGACCAUAGGUGUUUAAACACCAACUCAAAGUAGUUAUGUUAAGUCUUGAAGCACUGGAGUGGUCUCAUUGUUCUGUUGCCUGCAGGGGAGCCCUUAUUUCAGGUGGUGUGUAACAUCUUGUCACGAUCGUCUAUGUCGUCUAAGUAAGACCAAGGCGCAGCGUGUCCAAGAAACAUGACUUUAAUAUAGUAAAGCACGUAAUACAAAACAAACGACGACUCACAUGAAGUCCACGGUACACUGACCGAAACGGAACAAAAACCCACAACCCCAAGGUGAAAACACACAGUAUAAAUAUGGCUCCCAAUCAGAGAUAACGAGCCGACAGCUGACACUCGUUACCUCCGAUUGGGAGUCAUUGACCAAACAUAGAAAACAACAACCUAGACACCUAACAUAGAACAUAAACACAUAGACUGCACACACCCUGGCUCAACAUAAUGAGUCCCAGAACCAGGGUGUGACACAUCUCUGCCAUCCCAGGGAUGUUCUAGAGGGUAAGGUGGGCAUCAACAGAGGUGGUAUCAGGUUGUUGAUAAUCUCCCAGCCUUCCAUUACGGAGCUUCUCAAGGAUAACAGCUGGCCCUCAUAUCUUUAGCCUAAUUUAGACCCUGCUGCUUUUUUCCAGGGCCAAAUGGCCCUCACUUGUGUUGGUAGGCUAUAGUGUUUCCCCUCAGUGGAACAAUUAUGCCAGAAUGCACUGUAUAGGGACAUUCCAAGGUGACUCAACUCGGCAUGACUUCUGCACGACCCUCCUUAAGAGAUUCUGGAAGAGAUUAAUCUGUUUAGGUUAGGUGAACACAGUCAUGUCUAGUUAUUUUUGAUAUGUGGUCUCCUCCCACGUUCCAUCAACAAUAAUCUGAACGGGAAUUGAAAAUACAAACAAUUAGAUAGUUCUAACUCUCAUUAGAACAUGUAAAAAGUUAAGCUCUUUAGCUAUUGUAGUUAUGUCACAUACAUUGACAUAAUAUUGAAUUAUAUUCUUGUUUUUGCCACUGUAAAACAAAACCAGGCAGUUUAUAACAAAAAGUUGCCAAGUAAAUCUAAAACUAAUUCAUGAUACAGACAAGAUUUGAAAUGUCCCACUUUCAAGUACAAAAAUUAGAAAUAUUUCUGCAGUGUUGGAAAAUCUCUUAUUGAAACAACAGGUAAUUUCUCAUUGGCAAGUAAUUGUACUAAAUUAGUUCGAAAUGUAUGUGAAACAAUUAGUGGUGGGCACCAAUAUCGAUAAUUCAAUAUAAUUUCGAUAUCGAUAUGAGAAAGGCAUAUCGUGAUAUAUCGGUUUAUCCUUGCUAUUAACCUACAAUUUAUGUACAUGACUGUUCCUGUAGGCACAAUACUCUCUCACAGACCUUCUCACAGGCUAUCAACUUGCUUGCUGAUGGGCUUCUCAUUGCAUUCAAACUGGUUAGGUUGGUUAAGGCCUCCAAACCAUUUACACCUGGCCCAAUGGGCAAUCAACAAGCAGUUGACUGGACUUCACAAAGCCUUUGAAGUGAACAGAAAAUUAACACCGUUGCGAUGAUGCAGUGACAUUCAGUGAGAUUGGUGGUCGGGUAAGCACUGGCUAUUAUCAAAAACAGACUUACUCACAAAUUUUGAAGUCUAAGUUCACCAUACAACAGAUGGCUCCAACAAGCAGUGGCAUAGGCUAUUAACCGAAAUUGACAAACAAUUUUCACCAAAUGUACUGUAAAUACCAAUGUAACUCUACCCACAUGUACAUAUUACCUCAACUACCUCAACUAGCCGGUGCCCCCGCACAUUGACUAUGCAACGGUACCCCCCUGUAUAUAUAGCCUCCCUACUGUCACUUUAUUUUACUGUAUAUAUAGCCUCCCUACUGUCACUUUAUUUUACUUCUGCUCUUUUUUUCUCAACACUUUUUUGUUGUUGUUUUAUUCUUACUUUUUUGUUUAAAAUAAAUGCACUGUUGGUUAAGGGCUGUAAGUAAGCAUUUCACUGUAAUGUCUGCACCUGUUGUAUUCGGCGCAUGUGACCAAUAAAAUUUGAUUUGAUUUGAUUUGAUUUGAACUAAGGUACACAAGAGAUAACCUCCGAUGGCGGCAUAUUUGAGUUUCAUACAACAAAAUGACACACUGCUCAACACAGUUCAGCCAUAGACCGAUGUAGCAUCCAGCUGCAACUGAUAGGUGGUACUGAAAUACCAAUAUAUGGACACAUUUCAUCCAAAUAAUUCAACGCAAACUCCAUAGCCUUUCACCAUGGAUAUACUGUACAUUUCUUCCAAUGAUCAUGGCUAUUCAUUUUACAUUUUUAACAUUUAAGUCAUUUAGCAGACAUUCUUAUCCAGAGCGACUUACAAAUUGGUGCAUUCAACUUAGGAUAGCCAGUGGGACAACCACAUCUUGAUCACAAUAAGUACAUUUCUUUAAACAAGUCAGUGCUAGCAGGUGAAAUAAGUCAGGUGUUAUUUUAGACAAAAGACAGUGGUAGUAAAGGGGGGGGGGGGGGGGUAGAAGGAUUACUAUUAUACUAUUCCAGGUAUUCCUUAAAGAGGUAGGGUUUCAAGUGUCUCCGGAAGGUGGUCAGUGACUCCGCUGUCCUGGCGUCGUGGGGGAGCUUGUUCCACCAUUGGGGUGCCAGAGCAGCGAAUAGCUUUGACUGGGCUGAGCGGGAACUGUGCUUCUGUAGAGGUAGGGGGGCUAGCAGGCUAGAGGUGGAUGAACGUAGUGCCCUCUUUGGGUGUAGGGUCUGAUCAGAGCCUAAAGGUAAGGAGGUGCCUUUCCCCUCAAAGCUCCGUAGGCAAGCACCAUGGUUUUGUAGUAGAUGCGAGCUUCAACUGGAAGCCAUUGAAGUGUGCGGGGAGCGGGGUGACGUGAGAGAACUUGGGAAGGUUGAACACCUGUGGUCUUCUGUAGCUCAAUUGGUAGAGCAUGGCGCUUGUAACGCCAGGGUAGUGGGUUCGAUCCCCGGGACCACCCAUACGUAAAAAUGUAUGCACACAUGACUGUAAGUCGCUUUGGAUAAAAGCGUCUGCUAAAUGGCAUAUUAUUAUUAUUAAUAACACCAGACGGGCUGCAGCGUUCUGGAUAAGUUGCAGGGGUUUAAUGGCACAGGCAGGGAGCCCAGCCAACAGCGAGUUGCAGUGAUCCAGACGGAAGAUGACAAGUGCUUGGAUUAGGACCUGUGCCACUUUCUGUGUAAGUUAGGGUCGUACUCUGCGAAUGUUGCAGAGCAUGAACCUGCAGGAUCGGGUCACCGCUUUGAUGUUAGCAGAGAACGACAGGGUGUUGUCCAGGGUCACGCCAUGGUUCUUUGCUCUCUGGGACGAGGACACAAUGGAGUUGUCAACCGUGAUGGCAAGAUCAUGGAGCGGGCAGUCCUUCCCCGGGAGGAAGAGCAGCUCCGUCUUGCCGAGGUUCAGCUUGAGGUGGUGAUCCAACAUCCACACUGAUAUGUCUGCCAGACAUGCAGAGAUACGAUUCACCACCUGGUUAUCAGAAGGGGGAAAGGAGAAAAUUAAUUGUGUGUCAUCUGCGUAGCAAUGAUAGGAGAGAAAAUGUGAGGAUAUGACAGAGCCAAGUGACUUGGUGUAUAGAGAGAAUAGGAGAGGGCCUAGAACUGAGCCCUGGGGGACAACAGUGGUGAGAGCACGUGGUGUGGAGACAGAUUCUCGCCACGCCACCUAGUAGGAGCGACCUGUCAGGUAGCACACAAUCCAAGAGUGAGCAGUGCCGGAGAUGCCCAACUCGGAGAGGGUGGAGAGGAGGGUCUGAUGGUUCACAGUAUCAAAGGCAGCAGAUAGGUCUUGAAGGAUAAGAGCAGAGGAGAGAGAGUUAGCUUUGGCAGUGCGGAGAGCCUCCGUGACACAGAGAAGGGCGGUCUCAGUUGAAUGACCAGUCUUAAAACCUGACUGGGUUAGGAUCAAGAAGGUAAUUCUGAGAGAGAUAGCAGGAGAGUUGGCUAGAGACGGCAUGCUCAAGAGUUUUGGAGAGAAAAAAAUAAGGGAUACUGGUCUAUAGUUGUUGACAUCGGAGGGAUCGAGUGUAGGUUUUUUGAGGAGGGGUGCAACUCUCGCCCUCUUGAAGACAGAAGGGACAUAGCCAGCGGUCAAAGAUGAGUUGAUGAGUGAGGUGAGGUAAGGUAGAAGGUCUCCGGAAAUGGUCUGGAGAAGAGAGGAGGGGAUAGGGUCAAGCGGGCAGGUUGUUGGGCGGCCGGCCGUCACAAGUCACAAGAGAGAGGGGAGAAAGAAGUCAAAGCAUAGGGUAGGGCAGUGUGAGCAGGACCAGCGGUGUCAUUUGACUUAAUAAAUGAGGAUCGGAUGUCGUCAACCUUCUUUUCAAAAUGGUUGACGAAGUCAUCCAGAGAGAGGGAGGAGGGAGGGGGAGGAGGAGGAGGAUUCAGCAGGGAGGAGAAGGUGGCAAAGAGCUUCCUAGGGUUAGAGGCAGAGGCUUGAAAUUUAGAGUGGUAGAAAGUGGCUUUAGCAGCAGAAACAGAGGAAGAAAAAGUAGAGAGGAGGGAGUGAAAAGAUGACAGGUCUACAGGGAGUCUAGUUUUCCUCCAUUUCCGCUCUGCUGCCCGGAGCCCUGUUCUGUGAGCUCGCAAUGAGUCGUCAAGCCACGGAGCAGGAGGGGAGGACCGAGCCGGCCGGGAGGAUAGGGGACAUAGAGAGUCAAAAGAUACAGAAAGGGAGGAGAGGAGGGUCGAGGAGACAGAAUCAGGAGACCGGAGGGAGAAGGAUUUAGCAGAGGGAAGAGAUGAUAGGAUGGAAGAGGAGAGAGUAGCGGGAGAGAGAGAGCGAAGGUUGCGAUGGCAGAUUACAUUAUCUGACUAGGGGCAGAGUGAGUAGUGUUGGAAGAGAGCGAGAGAGAAAAGGAUACAAAGUAGUGGUCAGAGACUUGGAGGGGAGUUGCAGUGAGAUUAGUAGAAGAACAGCAUGUAGUAAAAAUGAGGUCAAGUGUAUUGCCUGCCUUGUGAGUAGGGGGGGACGGUGAGAGGGUGAGGUCAAAAGAGGAAAGGAGUGGAAAGAAGGAGGCAGAAAGAAAUGAGUCGAAGGCAGACGUCGGCAGGUUAAAAUCACCCAGAACUGUGAGGGGUGAGCCAUCCUCAGGAAAGGAACUUAUCAAGGCAUCAAGCUCAUUGAUGAACUCUCCAAGGGAACCUGGAGGGCGAUAAAUGACAAGGACGUUAAGCUUGAAUGGGCUAGUGACUGUGGCAGCAUGGAAUUCAGAUGAGGAGAUAGACAGAUGGGUCAGGAGGAAAAGAGAGAAUGUCCACUUGGGAGAGAUGAGGAUUCUUGUGCCACCGCCGCACUGACCAGAUACUCUCGGGGUAUGCGAGAACACAUGAUCAGACGAGGAAAGAGCAGUAGGAGUAGCAGUGUUUUCUGUGGCAAUCCAUGUUUCCGUCAGCGCCAAGAAGUCGAGAGACUGGAGGGUAGCAUAGGCUGAGAUGAACUCUGCCUUGUUGGCCGCAGAACGGCAGUUCCAGAGGCUGCCGGAGACCUGGAACUCCACGUAGGUCGUGCGCGCAGGGACCACCAGAUUAGAGUGGUAGCAGCCACGCGGUGUGAAGCAUUUGAAUGGCCUGUGCAGAGAGGAGAGAACAGGGAUAGACAGACACAUAGUUGACAGGCUACAGAAAAGGCUACAAUAAUGCAAAAGAGAUCGGAAUGAAAUUAACUAAACAACUGGGGAAGCGAGAGAGCGGGGCCUCCCUCGACUAACUCCCGCAGAACAACUUGGCAGAACUGUUUUUGUUUCAGGGACAGUCUUCGUUUUGGGGACAGCUGCCGCAGACAGCUGCCGCUGAACAAAGAGGUUGUGCUAAUAACACUAAACUAAUUGCCUAGCACAAGUGUAGCCACUCCCCCUCCUAUUGAGUUGUAAUCUGCAGAGAACAAAAGAAGUGGCUGGACCUGUGUCCAGUGUGAAUGGGUAGCAAUCACUUCUUAAGCAGACUGGGUAGCUUACUAACUAUGACAGACAGACAGACAGAACCAACACAGUUUACAAGUUAAAACAAUUCUACUUACAGAAUCAAGCAGGAUCCUCCCAAAACUAUUAGACUAUCCGUGUCACUAGUGUGAAGUAGAGUAGCUGGCUAGCUAGCUAGCUAAUCAAAUAAAUGGCUUUAAGAUCACAUACAUUAGAAAUAUAACACAACAUCAAGGAUACAUAUACAGUGCCUUCAGAAAGUAUUCAGACCCCUUCACUUUUUCCACAUUUUGUUGUGUUACAGCCUGAAUUUAAAAUGUAUUGGCCUACACACAAUACCACAUAAUGUCAAACUGGAAUUAUGUUUUUUGACAUUUUACAAAUUAAUUAAAAGCUGAAGUGUCUUGAGUCAAUAAGUAUUUCAUUUUCAUUUUCAACACAUUUUCAAAUAUUUCUAAAAGCAUGUUAUCACUUUGUCAUUAUGGGGUAUUGUGUGUAGAUGGGUGAGAAUAAAAAAAUUAUAAUAUAAUAAAAUGCCAUUUAGCAGACGCUUUUAUCCAAAGCGAAUUACAGUCAUGUGCGCAUACAUUUUUACAUAUGGGUGGUCCUGGGGAUUGAACCCACUACCCUGGCGUUACAAGCGCCAAGCUCUACCAAUUGAGCUACAGAGGACCACCCAUAUGUAAAAAGUAUAAUCCAUUUUGAAUUCAGAUUGUAACACAUCAAAAUGUGGAAUUAGUCAAGGGGUAUGAAUACUUUCUGAAUGCACUGUAGUUAUAGCAAGUUUCAACUAAGUAGUGAAGCAAAAAUGUUUAUAUUCAAAUGAAACAAACCAAUGCAUGGCACAGCCAGCUAGCUAACAAGCUAGCUACACUAGACAACAAUCAAAACAAGUAAUCCAUAGUAGCUAUAACACUCGCAUACAUAUUUACAACUAAAUAGCAAACACAACAUAUCACUUUAAUUAGCAAGAUACCUUUUCAGCAGGUCAGUUUUGAAUCCCUUAGCUAGCUAGCUAGCAUGCUCUCUCUACUUUGUGAAUGCAAUAUGAGAUUCACUCUCGACACUUACACAAAGUCAUUCCCAUUCCUUACUUCCACAAAGUAAAAGUAAAUGUCCAAGAUGUGUAAAAAUCUGGGUAAGAAGUAUUAAUUGGUAAUGACAUUUCAGACAAGUGGACAGUCCAGUACUCACUCUGUUCGCCUGCCAACAGCUAGCAGUGAGGGAGAUGGUGUCAUGAUGGUUGCCUCUGGACAGCUUACCCCAGGGCAAUACCCACACAACAUGUUUAGGCAAGAUGCAUGCACCAAAUAUGAAAUCGGCUCGAAUGAAGCUACUUCAAGCUAGGCAAAGCAGUGACGCCUAUUCUGACCCUGUCUAUUAACAGUGACUGGAGUCAGAUAAGGUCACUCGCGUCAAGGAUUGUAAUGGCUUUGAAUGGAUGGAUAGAAUUUCAUAAAUACCCUAGUGCCUUUCCUGAGGUUUUGAUGCAGUUUUAGACAAUUUUGAGAUUUUGAGCAUAAAAUCACCAGAAUAAUUGAGAAAAAACAUUAGAUAGCAAAAAAGAAUGACAAUUUGUAAUAUAAUUUAAUAUAAAUGUAGUUUUAAAAAUAUAUUUGGGCUUUUCAUAACAGCUUUUUAGAUAUUAGAUUAUCACAGGGUACGCCCUGCCUACCCUGACUGCAUGUCACUGAAGUAAUGUUAUUUAUAUAACUGAUAUGAUAUCGUUUCCAAAACUGCAACUUAUGUCAAUAUAGAUUUUCCAUAUCGGUGCCCAUCACUAAAAGUAAUUGACCUCUCUUUUUUCACAGGGUGCGAAAUUAAAGAAACGCCAAGAUGUCUGAGUGAGUAACUUAGAACAAACAUUGAUUAUGAUCAAACAUUUAUUAUGACGUAAUAAAUAAGAAUGACCUAGUUCAAGUCAAAAUUAAAUCGGUUUUCCUUUAACUUAAAAAAAAAUCUAACAAUACAUUAUAUCUCCACAGGAAAAAGAUGUCUUCGAGUCGGAGGCAUUACCUGAAGGUAAACAUUUUCAAAUAUCUGAAAUAUCUUUUUUUCUUAUUUAUUUUACUAGCAACCAUGGCAAGAUCUUCUUUGAGUUGGGGGUGCAUUUACGUAUAGUGGCAUACAGUUGAGCAGAGGCGUUUUUCGGAUUUCCACACAUUUCAUGCAAUUCUACGUCAUUUACAUGAUAGAAGACAUUAGCAGAAUAUUUUUUAAUACCACACAAAUGACCGAAAUGAGUGGCUACUCUGACCGUGACAAACUGAGACUAAUAAAAACGACCUGGUCUUGAAUUAAAACAAUAGCCCAGGCCAAUGAAGAAACACUAGGCUACUAAAUAAACUUUCCAGUGGCACUGGUGAAGCCUAGGCUACUCACCGGUGAUGGAUGAUGUGCUCAUGAGAAUAGUCUAUGUCAAGAUAAGCUACUUUGAAAAACAGUUAGCUCAGAAUCACUCAAAAGUAGUUUAGAUUUGUUUUUUCUUCUACAGUAAGAUUAGUCUUCUCUUUUCAGCAGUAGGCAUUUGCUUUCCAAACUGUAUGUUUUUCUCGCAAUUGUAGUUUGAAAUUUGCAAAAGGCAAACUGACAGGGGCAACCAACCAUAGAAAUAUAAUCCAUAGAUGGCAGUUACCAUUCAAGUCAGAACUGGCAACCAUUGCUAGCAUACCUAUGAGUUUAACUGUCAAAUUGCCAGGGUUAGAGGUUCCAAAACCCUUCUACGGAUUAUUUGUCUAUGGCCACAACGCAACAAGCUGUUCUAUAUUAGGCGCAUGCUGCCUAAAUUGCGGCCUUCCCGACUGUAAAUGCUUGUGAUAAAACUUAAUCCACAGCUAUUUUUAGAAGCUUUUGAUCCUCUGUGGCUAAAUUAUGCUCACUGGUGUAGUAUUUUUAAUAAUUGUAUUAAUGUCUGUUCAGACAGGAGUAUUCUAAAUGUUUAAAAAAAAUUGUUUAUAUAAUUUUGCCCAAAUUAUUUCAUUUAAUCAGGGGGUGCUGCAGCACCUCCAGCACCCCUACUUCCUUCGGCUAUGCCAGCAACCAUAAAUACAAGGGGCUACAGGAGAACACAGCUUAGUUGGUAGAGCAUGGCGCUUGCUUGGUUCGAUUCCCACAGGGGGCCAUUAUGAAAAAUGUAUGCACUCACUAACUGUAAGUCGCUCUAGAUAAGAGCGUCUGCUAAAUGACUAAAAAUGUAAGUAUAUAAAUCUUAAUUUUACAUGAAAGCCUGUUUACAAAAAAGCCUACUUGAUUCUGGUAGGGAUGGGCAUUUUAUAAUUGUAACCUGCAUACUUUUCAUUGUCUCCCAGAGCUUGAUGCUCUCCAUUGCUAAAGGCUUACUGGAAGAAGAGGCAAAGGAGAAUGAGCAGGAGAGAAUAAGAUGGAUGGAGGAGAACUGCCCUCCACUGUCCCUACCAGGGGGUACUCAACAGUUAAUGGUAUACCAAUCAAAGUAUUACUUUGGGAGGGGGGUUGGGGGGGGCUUUAAUGUUCCUCAAGCAAGGGGGGUGGCCGAUGCCAUCACAUCAGACAAACUCCUUGAAUGCCCUACUCAUUGAAGUUUGCAGUUGUGUAAAAAAUUAUACUUGGGAUAUUGUUUUUCAACAGGAAAAGUUCAAAAAUAGCUGGAGUGUGUCUUUAAUGUGUUAUUUCACUCCACAAUCAAAGUUUGGUCUAACCCUGAAUCAAUUGCUUCUGGGUUGUUGUUUUUUUUUUUUUAUUAAUUGUUUUUUUGGGGGGGGAGAUGUGCCUUUGUAUAAAGAUGAUUACAACAUUUGUUGCUCUAUUCAAACGUGUUGAAUAACGUUUUCACCAUUAUUAUUACUAUUAUUAAUAAUACGAAUAAUAUUAGUAGUUGUAUUAGUAUAAUCAUUAUGGUGAUGAUGGUGAUUACUAUUAUUAAUGUCUGAUAUUUGUUUAUAUCAGGAGUUCUUGAAAGAUUUGCACCAUAAGAUUGACGUGAUAGAUGAGGAGAGAUAUGACCUGGAGAGCAAAGUGAACAAAUCCGCUAAGGAGGUAUAUUGAAUUCACUUUUCCUCACACCUCCUAAAACUUGGAAUCCAUUCCAUUAGUAACUAUGUGGUGCCAGUUGGACCAAUGUUGUUGUUCUCUUCUCCCAUUGACCAGAUUGAAGAUUUGAACAUUAAAGUUAUUGACUUGAAGGGCAAGUUCAAGAAGCCAACUUUGAGGAAAGUGCGUAUGUCUGCUGAUGCUAUGCUCCAGGCUCUGCUGGGCUCCAAGCAUAAGGUGUCCAUGGAUCUGAGAGCCAACCUGAAACAAGUAAAGAAGGAGGUGAAAGAAGAGGUGUGUCCCAACGACUAACUUUGUUCCGUUGCGCUUAUUCUUAGUCACUGAUCAUUUGGACAAAUCACAAUUUCGGAAGCGCUCGCAUCUUUCGAAUUUCGGAAGGGGGGGGGGGGGACAUUUGGCCCAUAGACUUGCCCAAAACUGUCUGAGAGUUUCCGUUUAGAGGGGUGGAGACUUCACAAUUUCUAACACAUCUCCCCCUGAACUCAAUCGAGCAUCUGACGCAAUUACACAAGAUUGUAGUUCUGGGUGUCCGAGAUGACCCAUUGGGAGACAUUGUUAUUGCCAAACCUGAGGCCUUGUUAUUUUGUUAUAUUGUAAGAGGUUGGUCAUACUGAAAUUAGUUCAUAGAUAAGCUCAGCAGAGGGUACUUAAUGUAUAAGGCCGAUUUAUUUUAUGUAGAGUUGCCCCAAAUCACUGAUACAGGGUCAGAUAUAUUUUCAUGCUCCUAAGUAGGAUUGGGAGAAGGUCAAGGGUAAUCUACAGUCGAUCUGUGGUUAGGGCCAACUUCUACUGCAAGCGUUAAAAUUGGCCAUAGAACUGCUGCCAAACAACUGUUCUGCUGGAACGAUCAUGUAAUAUGACAAACAAGCUGCCAUGUUAUUUGCAUUCAGCACUCUACUCUCUCAAGGUUUCUUGGACACCAUUUAGUACAUUCUAAACUCUGAACCUUUGACUGUGUUGCUAUUGCAGGAAAAGGAACUGCGUAACGUUGGAGACUGGCGUCAGAACAUUGAAGACAAGUCUGGCAUGGAUGGCAGGAAGAAGAUGUUUGAGUCCGAGGGU